CGGCCCAGGAGCCCACUGAACUGGAGUUCCUGGGGAACGUCAGGCUUAUGAAGGGGCCAUCUUCCCCCCAGGGGCUCUUGGCACAGAGUGACAGGAGCUUUGACCUUAGUGAACUGCAGGAGUUUGAGUGGAGCAGUGUCCAAGGAGACAAUGCCAGGAGCCCACCCGCUGAUGAUGGUGAGGAGCUAGAGCAUGAUGGGACACAGGAGGACCCAACCUCCCCAGCCCACUGGCACCCACAGAGAGACAGGCAGCUAGACAUGACUGAAGAGGAUGAGGACCGAGCCAGCUCAGGGGACGUGGAGAGACAGGAGGGGGACUGGGAGGCAGGGAGUGAAGGGGAGCUCUCUUUCGAGGGCCAGUAUGGCUCAGAGUACAGCACCAGCCCCGAUGCUCUGCGGGACGCCCAGGCUCUGUACGGGGACUACGGCAAAUCCUUCAGCUUCACCACGGACGGCAGAGAGGAGCUUUCGGGACACUCCGACGUCAGCCCGCCCCCCUCCAGCACCCUGCUGGAGCGCUCCCACAAGCCAAGCCAGAGAACGGGAGCUGAUGUCUUUGAAAGCCAGAGCCAACUCGGAGAGAGCCUGGAGUUCCCCGCAGAAACGGAGUCCUCGUCGCCCUCAAGCGGGCACCUGGACAGCCCCGAGCUGAGCCCGCUGGCUGAUUCCAGACACUGGAGCCUGAGCCGGAGCCUCCUGCAGCACCUGUCUGUGGAAGACCUUCAGAAUGCCCCGAGCAUCGACGCGGAGACCUUCCCAGAAUCCUCCUAUACUGAGAGCGUGGAGGACCCUCCCCGAACCAUCUCCAAGGCAACCUCUGCUGCUCGAGCUAGGGCAUCCCACCGCCGCCCUGUGCCUGCAGCCGAGCCUUCGGAGAGCUCAAGGCUCAAGGCAGCAGAGACUCCCCUUUCCCUACGGCAGGCUGGCAGCCAGCAGCAGGACAGGGCUCGGAAGCUGAAGAAGGCCAUUUCCCCAGCACUCCCUUCCAAGUUCAGCAGGCAGUCCAGGUCCCUGAGCCCUCGGGGGAACGCCAGUAAGCAGGCAGAGCGGUCUGGCUCGCCCAAGUCAGGCCCCACCAGGCCGUCCCUGGCUGCAGCCGAAGUCUCGCGAUACGGGCGAGGCCAGCUCAACUACCCGCUGCCGGAUUUGUCCAAGGUGGAGCCGCGGGUGAAGUUCCCAAAGGACGAUCAGAGUUACCGCCCUCCGCGGAGCAGGACUCUGCCCAUGAGGGCCAGGGGGUCAGCAAGCCCCGUGGUCUUCAAGUCUCCUGCGGAGAUCGUCCGGGAGGUGUUGCUGAGCAGCGCGGAGGGGUCCCCGCAAAAAUGCCCUACCCCUUCCACCACCAUGGUGCCUGAGGAGUUCAAGUCCCCGCAGCAAGCCACUGAGCUGGUGAAGCAGUUGCAGGAGGACUACCACAGACUGCUGACCAAGUAUGCUGAGGCUGAGAACACCAUUGACCGGCUGCGGCUGAGAGCAAAGGUGAGCUUGUACGCCGACCCGCCGAAGCCGAGCCACAGCGUUCACAUGGGGACCAUGGCCCAUGGCUCCAAGGUCAUGGCUUUCAGCAUCCCACAGAUCCAGACAGCAGAGUUCAGCACCACCCCCGCUCCAGCCCUGCCAGCAGGUCUGGACGAAGCUGUUCACAACUGGGGCAGCACGGAUGGGGACAGCUCCAGACCAAAUGCCAACGGAGGAAUCUGGAUGCACGCCACCUACCAGCAGCUGGAGAUACUGUCCAUCAUCGCUAGCCUAUGCUCCAGCUCCCAGGACUCCACCAUGGUGGUGGAAUCCUUCGAGGGACUGAUCCAAAUGGGAAGACUGACCCCGCAGGACCAGCUCUCGGGAUUUGCGAGGCUGAAGGACGCGCAGGAUGCUCUGGAGCGAGCGUAUCUGCAGGCCCGGGAAGAGAACCGUCUGCAGCAACAGCGCCCAGGCGCAGCGGGGCCCCUUGGGGACUUCGAUCCAGACAGAGCGGUGGAAGGGGAGAUAUUCCGCCUGGGAAUGCGCUUGGAGGAGCUGAAGGAUGGGAUUGACCGAGCGCUGCAGAGCCUGCCCUCCCCGAGGAGCUGCUCUGAGCCAGCCUUGCCUCCCAGCUGUUUGCCAACCCUGGUCUCAGAGCCGCCACUCUCCUCCCCAAGGCCAUCAGUUCAAGCCCCGAUCCCGGCCCUUCGCACUCCCUACCCUGAGGCCCCUGUUCCAAAGCAUGCCCGCGCCCAAGUGCAAGUGGACGCAGAGGUGAGUUCUGCGAGUGGCGAGACGGAGGAGGAGAGAGAAGAGCUUCCCGAGCCCCUUCGGCACAAGCAGCUUCAAGUGGAGAAGUUCUUCGGUAACCUGCUGGACCACUACAAUAGCUUCAAGUCCUUGCCUGAAUCUCUGAGCAUGGAACAGCUGGGUCUGGAAGAGAACGGCUCCCCACAGGAAGUGGAUGGCCCUGCUGCAGAAGAUGCUGGGAUGGCUGAGAGCCCUCACGGGAUGCUGUCAUUAAAGGAAGAGAGGACCCAUGUGACCACUCAGCCGCAGCCCCCGGAGAGGAGGUCGCACGCCCUGCAGCCAGGGGAACGCCGGCAGCUGGUCAGGAAGAGCAGUCGCUUGUCCUCUGUCCAGGGCGAGGAGUCCCUCCCUCGGAACAUGGCUAUUAAAGCCAGGCCCCAGGAUGCAAUCCCCAAGCCGUCCUUCGGGGAGCAGCAGGAGACACUGUCCCGCCAGAGCAGCAUGGUGGGCAGCGCCAUUUCUGAGCACCUUCCGCAGAAGCCUUUCCGUCAGGCAAAAUCCUCCCGGUCCGAGGAUCAACGCAUCGUGUCUCCAGAGACGGACAGUGGGUUUGUGGGGUCAGAGGCCAGCAGGGUGUCCCCGCUGACGCGCACCCCGGAGCAUCGCCCCUCUCGCACUGCGACCCCUGGCAUGCUGGGAAGAUCUGGCCCCACAUCCAGCCCUGCUGCCCUUCACACUUCCCUGCGGAAAGAGGCAGCCUCCCUGCCGUUGGAAAAGGAACUGCUGGGCAUGUACACCUCCGCCAGCCAGGCGCCCCCCAGAGGCAGUGCCCGGAGACACAGCCUGCCCCGGGGCAGCCCCUCCCCAACCAGCUCCCCUCCCCAGUGGACAAACAGCAUCACCAGCGAGGUGGGACCAGACGCAGACAUCACUCACACGGACUCCGAGGCAGAGCGGCACAGCAGGGCCAGCACUUCUGAUCACCAUCCCAGCAAAACUAGACGCCCACCCAGCUCCACCACCACAUCGCCUUCCCCAGUUCGGGCUCACCACGGCCUUCUGGGCUCCCGCGUGGAACGAGACCAGGCCAUCCGGGCUCUGCAGGACGAGGUCUCGCGGCUUCGGCAGCGGCUGGAGGAGAGUUUGCACCGAUCCCGCAGCUACCCAGAGGGAAAGUCAUCCCCGCGCACCGCUAGGAGCAGGAAGCAGCCCAUGGUGAACGGCCCCUCAGUCCAGAACUCAGGCCCCUUUGGCGAAUCCGCGGAAAGGAGCCCAGGCGAGUUUGGGGAGCCGGCUCCAGUGAUCAAGCCAGCGAGGCGGGUGAGGUCGGCAUCGCUCCCUCGGGAUGGGCCUGAACGGGACCUCACGUCGGAGUCAGACUGCCCCCCGCCGCGGGCUCGGGAUGGGAAGCCCAGGACAAGCUUCUCCUCCAGGCAGAGCUCUCCGAGGCCACUGACAUUCAAGGGCCAUUACACAGGGACGCGCUACCACUUAUCGGCCCCUGUGUCCCCAGAACGGAGGGAAGACACGGGCCCCACUUCCUGCCUCCAUUGCCAAGGGACCAGGACACAAGCUGGCAAUGCAUCAUCUGGGGACACCAUGAGACCCGCUCAGCAUAGCACUCCAAGGAAGACGCACUGUCCCACCUGCAACGGGACCAGGAGCACCCCUGUUUCUAAAACCAGGGACAAAGCAGCACAUGCGACAGGCCGCGGCACAGAGAGCGCACCUCAAGGCUCCGACCUCCGUCACAAACCCGAGAAGCCGCAGCAGCCUGGCCUCUGGUACCUGCCGGCCCCACCCCCUGGCACAGCUGUCAACUACAUCCCAACAGUGCCCCUGGUGCCUUACUCGCCCUCUGUGCUCUACUGUUCUCCACCACCACCUACCUCAGUCCCUGGCCCAGAUGGCCUGCCUGCCCAUUACUCCAGCCCGUACAGAGUGGCGGAGCUGAAGCCCUGGGCCACCCGGCAGCAAGCCCAUGGUCACCACCACUCCCUGAUGCUUGACUUCGACGACCUGGAGGACCUCAACUGGUCCCUGAGCCAGGCCGUGGAAGCCGCCAAGAGCAUGAAGCUCACCACCAAGCAAAUGAACAGGUCGCUGACCUCUGAACUGAGCAAGGCCAGGCGCCUGAGGGGAUCCUGCCUCUUCUGACAGAACCUGGGGGCGGCUUCCUCUGGGGCCUGGCGGGGACAGUUUGAGCCGGCAGGCUGAGCCUCUCCAAACAUCUGGAGAUAAGCCCCCCAGCAAACAUCUGGGGAACUGAUUUGCCAAAGAAUGACUAGACUGUCCCUCAGCUUCCCCCUCCUUCCCGUGGGGCUGCAGAGCCGUCCGCCGGCGCCUGAGGAGCCUGUGACACACUGGAGUCUCCACGCGGGAUCCGCGUUGGAAGCUAAACCUGCAGAGUCUCUCCACCCUUCUCCAGAGCCCCCUCAGCCCGCAUGUUACAGUUGCCUUAAGCCUCAAGCCUCUUUGCUCAGCAGGACCAGAGCUGCGGUUGCACUGGGGAUCUCACCUGCCCCUCUCCGCUUGGCCAGUAGCUUUCGGUGGUUGUUGGUUUUCUUAAAGGAUCAAAUUUGAAGAUGAAGGAAGACAGAGAAAACCUCGGGACACGUGACUAGGCAGCUGCCCUGGCCUCCCAGGGGCCUGAGACUCGCACUUUAGAAUCCCCCCGGCCUCGUCCCUAGAGAGCGCUCUACUUUUAAGUAACGUUUUAACUCCCCUUCUCCUUCUCCCCAUUGGCCAGCUUGGAGAUGGACCCCGGCCAAUGGCUUACCAUCGCACUGUGAGUUCCCUCCCCUAGCCCUUGCAGAAAUUCCCACUUGGGCCUUACCCCACCUUGCGUUGCUAAAUCAAUCCAUUUCCCUGUGGCUCUGUCCCAAUACACCACGUCAUAGGACUGCUGUGGCACAGCCUAGCUGGGACAAGCUCGGUUUACAAGCCGAGUCUUUUCUAGCGUCGCUCUUGUUUUGUGUAGGCCCUAUCAGAAUAAGGGUGGAGCUUCCUUUGCAGCAAAGGUUACCUCAGAGUGCUUGUGCCACGGACAGGGUACAGGUCUCUAUUUUAAUACGUUCAUCGCAAAGGGGAAUAGAGGAGGAUCAGGUGUUUAUGUGGAAUUUUAUUGUUUUUUCUGGCUGUUGUUGCUGGUGUUAUGUUGGCAUCGGAGGGGACGGGAGAAUCAAAAGGGCUUUGCUUCCGCAGUCUGGAACUCAGCUUGGCUGGGGAUUCAAGAGGCUUGUUCACCUUCUCCUCUUUCUCUUUCUCUAUCAUCUCUCCUCCCUGUCUGCCAUUUCUGGCUUUGCUGGGAGGGCAGAGGAAGCACAAACGGUCAGUUUCCUUUUCUGUUUCUAAGGCCUGAUCCUGAGAGGCAUCGAGCACUCUCUUGCUUCUCCUUGAAUUUGAGAGAAGCCACAGGAGCUCAGCACCUCUUGAAGGUCAGCCACGCGGUUAGGUCCCCGCACUGAUUCUCCUGGGCUAGCCCAAUGCUGCUGGUCCGGGAGCUGGCCAAUGCGGCGUUAGUUUUUGUUUUAACCUUGUUUUCAUUGGCACUUAUUUUGAACUCUCACAACCAUUUCUAUGGAGAUGAACACCCGAACCUGCAAUCAGAUCCACUAGGGUGCAGCCCCCUCCUCCCUCCCCCCCCUUGACAAGAGCUGGUAGAAAAAUAUGUAAGUACGUGUCACGCAAAAAUAUGUAAGUACGUGUCAUUUUCUCGACAUUUUUUAGUGAAAAAUGUUAACAUUUUCCCACUUUUCACUGGAAAAAAAUCUACAGCCGGAAAUCUUUCCGGUUUUGGUUCUUCCCUCUUUCUUUCUCCUUCUUUCUGUGUUGCCACUGAAGAGGCAGAGGAGGAAGGAAAAAAGAAAGCAAGCGCUAGAGGGAUCAAUAAUUGAAAAUUUUUAAGCCAAAAAAAAAUCUUGUUCAAAAGUUGGAAAAUUACAACCACCACAUAUCUGCAAAAAUGUUCAGUUUUUGGGGGGGGAGUGGGGGAAGGUGAUUUUUUCAUUGGAAUAAAAAUUCAGAUGAAAAAAUUUCAGCCACUCUAUUGACAUCAGUAAGGUUUUUGCAUGGGUGUAGGAGUCUGUCUUUCUGUCCAUCAGUCUGUCCGUCCAUUCCCAUAAUAACCAUCUCUCUAUCUAACUAUCAUCUGAUUUCAGGAUUGUCAUCUAGGUUUGUAAAUCCCCUCUUACAAAAAAAAAAGUUUGAGCCAAAAUUGGACACUGUCCCUUUAAAACCACAGACCUUUCUGCCAACUUAGAUUUAGGGUUUGGCUUCUAUCAAGCUGUUUGAUCCCCUUAAAGAAGCGCCUGUUUGCAUGUUGAUAUUUUUAAUGGAACAUUUCUCAU